AAUAUUAAUGACUGUUUAAAUUCUCCAACAGGUCCAGUUGAGAAAAACCUGAAGAUUGUACUUGUUGGGAAAACUGGAGUUGGGAAGUCUUCAGUCAUGAACACCUUGAAGGGAAAAGAGGAGAUAAGAACCAGGGCUGGUGCUGCCUCAGUGACAACAAAGAUUGAGGUGGCGAAAGUAACGCAUGGUGACCAGGAACUGGUUAUCAUCGAUACUCCAGGUCUGCUGAACACCAGGGAAAAAAAAGAGGAUGUGGAGAAAGACAUCGCGGAGAGCAUAUUAUGUGCUGCUGCUGAUGGCGGUCCUCAUGUGUUCCUGUUGGUGCUGCGGGCGGAUGCAAUUACAAGCCAAGACGAACAUGCAGUGGAAAUCAUUCAGCAGAUCUUUGGUGAUGAGUUCCAACAUUACACGCUGGUCUUGUUCACCCGUGGAGGUGAAUAUAAACCUACGUGCAAAGAAAUGAAAGAGGGAUUUUCUUUCCUUAAGGAGUUCCUUCAUGAUGAUGAUUCCAUGCAUGUUUUUGAGAAUAAUGAAGAGGAUGAGGAAAAGAAAGAGCAAGUGUCUGGUCUGGUGGAGAAGAUCAACAAAAUGGUGGCGAAAAACAAGGAGAGAAAUGCACCGCGUUACACCAGUAAAAUGUUGGAAGAAGCACAGAAAAUCCUACAAGAAAAAGAAGCGAUGGAAAUGUUGAUGUCAGAAGCUAUUGACAUCUUCUGUGAAAUGGUUGAGAAGAUGGUUGAGAAAGACUGUCCACCUUGGUUACAACAGUUGGCUUCCAGGAUUGCAGACAUGGUAGUUAGAUCUGCCUCCGUGCAGCUGAGAGAAGCUUCCAUUGGAGAUGACUUCCUGGAACUUCAGACGCUCCAGUCAGUGGCGGUGUGA